UCAGGUGUCAGUGCGCCUAAGCAACAGGACACUUGCUUUCCUACUGAAUCCAAACGGACCCUAACAUCGACGAUGCUUUCUUCUUGCGGUGCUUUUUAAAUACUUGGAGACUCAGACUUGCACAAAAGGAUACUCUCUUCUUCCACUGCACACAAACCGCUGACCAUCAUGGUGGAGGAGCAGAAUGUUUCUUCCUCUGCGUGUUUCAGAAAAUGAACGCCACUCUCUCUGACUCUGCAGUGACCAUGUAUCACCAGACGGCAGACUAUCAAUUUAACUCCAGCUGCAACUGCUCCUCACCCCCUUACAAUUGGACAACAGGGGGUGACGCCCUGCAGCUGCCCACUUUUACCACAGCAGCUAAAGUCAGAGUGAUCAUUACCUUCAUUCUCUGUGGCAUCUCAGCCUUUUGCAACCUGGCUGUGCUGUGGGCAGCACACAGUGAUGGCAAACGUAAAUCCCACGUCAGGGUGCUGAUAAUCAACCUGACGGUGGCUGAUCUCUUGGUGACCUUCAUUGUGAUGCCUGUGGAUGCCGUGUGGAACAUCACAGUCCAGUGGCUCGCUGGGGACUUUGCCUGCAGACUACUGAUGUUUCUUAAGCUGCAAGCAAUGUACUCCUGCGCUUUUGUCACUGUGGUGAUCAGUUUGGAUAGGCAGUCAGCCAUCCUCAACCCCCUGGCUAUCAAUAAGGCCAGAAAGAGGAACAGAGUCAUGCUGACUGUGGCAUGGGGUAUGAGUGCCCUGCUGUCAGUCCCCCAGAUAUUCCUUUUUCACAAUGUGACCAUCGUCCAUCCCGAGGACUUCACUCAGUGCACCACACGAGGACAUUUUGUCAGUAACUGGGAUGAAACGGCAUAUAACAUGUUCACUUUCUCCUGCCUGUUCUUGCUGCCACUGGUUAUCAUGAUCACCUGUUACACCAGGAUCUUCUUUGAGAUCUCCAAACGACUAAAAAAGGACAACUUAUCCUCAAACGAAGUGCGGUUGCGGUGUUCGAAGAACAACAUUCCCAGAGCACGGAUGAGAACUCUGAAAAUGAGCAUUGUAAUAGUUUUGUCUUUCAUUAUCUGCUGGACACCAUACUACCUGCUGGGCUUGUGGUACUGGUUUUUCCCUGACGACCUGGAGGGAAAGGUCUCCCACUCGUUGACCCACAUGCUGUUCAUCUUUGGGCUCGUCAAUGCCUGCUUGGACCCAGUCAUCUACGGCCUGUUCACCAUUCACUUCCGAAAGGGGCUCCGAAGGUAUUACCGCAAAGCUGCUGCAACAGCUGACCUGGAUAGCAAUACAGUUAUAACUGGAUCUCUCACCUGUACCACCAAUUCCUUCCCACUGAAGAGAGAGGUGAGCCUUGCCCGCCAGGAGAGGUUCAUGCUGUGCAGUGACAAUAACAGCAAAGUGGAGUCAGCGUCGCCAGGAAGCUGCUUUUUACCAGCAGACAAUGAUGCAAAGAGACACCCCAAUGAGUCUAGCAGCUCUGAAAGCAUCAUGUGAGGGGAAAACAGGACAGAAACUCGUUGUCAGUUUUUACUACUGUUGAGUAACUCUUUCAUUUAUACUGUGUCUGAUGUGUGGGGUAAUAUAUUCUUUAAAUAUUUAAUGUAAAAAAAUUAUGUCACUUUGGCUUAGGCCUACUUCGCAAAACUUUACAUACCUCUGUAAAUACCACAAAGACCAA